AUGACUUCCUCUUCCAAAACCACCCAGCCAAUUUUCCUGGAAGGGGAGAACUGCAAGCCGUCCUGGAAAGAGGCUGCAGCGGGGUACGACACGACGGACACCCACUUGGAAAUCAUGGGGAAGCCGGUUAUGGAGCGCUGGGAGACCCCCUAUAUGCAUUCCCUUGCCUCUGUGGCAGCUUCGAAAGGGGGCCGGGUGCUGGAGGUGGGUUUCGGCAUGGCGAUCGCCGCCACCAAAAUCGAGGAGUUCAACAUCGAGGAGCACUGGAUCAUCGAGUGCAACGAGGGCGUUUUCCAGCGGCUGCAGGAAUGGGCAAAAACACAGCCUCACAAGGUCGUCCCCUUGAAGGGGUUGUGGGAGGACGUGGUCCCUACUCUGCCCGAAGAACAUUUCAACGGUAUCCUCUACGACACGUACCCUCUCUCGGCCGAAACCUGGCACACUCACCAGUUCAGCUUCAUCAAGGGCCACGCUUACCGCCUUCUGAAGCCCGGAGGGGUCCUCACCUACUGCAACCUGACCUCCUGGGGAGACCUCCUCAAGAACAAGUAUUCGGACAUCGAGAAGAUGUUUCAGGAAACGCAGGUCGAGCACCUGGUGGAGGCCGGUUUCAAGAAAGAGAACAUCCACACGGCCGUCAUGGACAUCGUCCCUCCGUCCGACUGCAGAUACUACUCCUUCCCCAAAAUGAUCACUCCCGCCCUCAUCAAGUAGAGCUGUCAGCCCGUUCCCCAACCAGCCAGCUCUCCGAGGAAGCAGGAGCAGCCGAGACGGUCCCCCCUUUUGUGGCCAAACUGAUGUCGGGGAGGGAGAUGGCCUCUUGUUUUUGGAGCCUCCGGGCACAUGGACACGAGCCCUUUAGCCCAAAAAAUGGGCAAGCUGUUCUGUCAAUCAAGAGAAUUCCUUUCCAC